GUGCAGGAUGGGUACGCUCUCUUUCCUAAAAUGGCAUAUCCUAGGCAUGUUCUACGUAACCGUUAUGCAGGUUUGAGAUGUGGUGGACGGGAAAAGCUUCCCCCACCAUGUCCUAAUGUGGACGACGGGCUCGUCAGCACCCACACCUUACACAUCGCCAAGCGGCAGCUCAAGGCAGGGCACGCCCUGCUUGGAUCCCGAUGGCUGCCUCGACAGUCUACCGUAUUUACUCCAUCUCAGACCUCGUUCCCUACCUAGGUUUCCGGCUUUUCCUUUCUUCCCCAACCCCCAAGACCUUCUUGCUCAUCGAUACCGAAUUCGAGGAAUCUUCUCAUUCUGUCAUAACUGUAGCCCACCACUAGCAAGACCACGCCAAACUGUACUAGUACUCAACCAAACCGGACGGCUACGUCCCUGCGUCCAAACGAGCGACCCAACGACCAUGGCGACCAGCGCACGCCAGAGCCGGCCAUCUUCUUUAAUGGCACGAGACGCCCUCCAGAGACUCGCCGUUAGGCGACAUUACCAGGAGUAUCGACGACACUGCCACCAGGAUAGAGGUCCAUUGCCACUUCGUCCCCACAUCACAAGGAAUUGUUGGAUCUGUGUUGUGCAACGACAAAUAUGCUCCUUUUUUAGACGAACCACUCGUCUACCCAGGCAUAGUCUGCAAGACUCAGCUGACAGAGCUGCCAGACAGAGGCGCCAACAGGAGCCUCUGACUCCCGUGAGCGAGGAGAACGAGUUCCCUCCCAUUCCGAAAUGCAAGCUUGGCAUCUGCGAUACCGGGUAUGACAGUCUUGGUGGGCCACUCCUGUGUGAGUGCGACGGAGCUUCUGAGGAGGCAGCCGCCGCUGUAGCGUCCCAUGUUUUGGAUCUUUUCCUUAACAUAAGGGGAGAGGAGAUAUCCGAGGCGAAGAUGAAUGGUUGGAAGGAGGGAUGAUUCUGUUUAGUGUAUUUAAAGAUAUGUUUUCCGAUACGCCUGCCAAGCAACCCACUGCGG